CUUCGCAGCUUGGAACUCACGAUACCAACUCAUCCCCUCUGUCUGUCUGGUUCUAUACGAAGAGAUAGUCAACAUUUCCGGGACGGCACUCUUCCAGCUUCUUACCCCUUCCCUGGCCCGGCGACCCUCGGACGUUUGUCACCUACAUCACAUCACGCAACGGAGCUCUCGAUAGCCAUCAGUAUUGAUACCCACCGUCUCUAGCCGCCCAUCUGGACACCGGCGCAUAAUCGAUUAUCACAGACGACCAUGUCGGAAUCUAAUGCCCCUAAGCCAAGCAGCAGCGUCAAGCUCGUGCUGCUGGGAGAGGCGGCUGUUGGAAAGUCCUCUCUCGUCCUUCGUUUUGUGAACAAUGAUUUCCAAGAGAACAAGGAGCCCACGAUAGGAGCGGCAUUCCUCACACAGAAAUGUUCUUUGCCGACUCGUACGAUCAAGUUUGAGAUCUGGGAUACCGCCGGUCAGGAGCGCUUUGCCUCCCUUGCACCCAUGUAUUACCGUAACGCCCAGGCAGCUCUUGUCGUCUACGACUUGACCAAGCCUUCAUCCCUCAUCAAAGCGAAGCACUGGGUUGCCGAACUGCAGCGACAAGCGAGCCCUGGCAUCGUCAUCGCCCUGGUUGGCAACAAGCUGGAUCUAACCAGUGACGGCAGUGGUACCGACGGCGGUUCUGCGGGUGCCAGUGAUGAGGCUGCUGCAGAGCCCGCUGUUGCGGGAGAUGAGGAAGCUGGCGAAAAUAAUGAGGAGCAAGACGCUGCCUCAGGAGAUGCUAGAAAGGUCUCUACGCAGGAAGCGAGCAGUUACGCUGAAGAGGAGGGGCUACUGUUCUUCGAAACCAGUGCGAAGACGGGUACCAAUGUCACAGAGGUUUUCACUGCCAUUGCGAAUGCGAUCCCGGAGGCCAGCUUGAAGAGUGGCCGGGGCGCUGGUGCAGGUGCUGGGCAGGGCCUGGGCGGCCGGGCAGAAGCCAACAGUGUGAACCUCACGGACAGGAGUCCUGCUACUGCCAAGGAAGGUUGUGCUUGCUGAUCCUCAUCAAUUUCGCCCUUGCUCGACUCUCUUUGUGCGCAGGUCUCCCGCCAUGAUUUGUCUCUGGUCUGUGGCCUUUAUCUUCAAGUAAAGCUCUAUGUUUUGCUACGGCUCGUGCGGUCAAUCACUAUAUGUUAC